AGACUGUCUCUGUCUGUCUGCCAGGGUCUCCAGCUGCCCCAGACAGGCGGUGUGGUCUUGGGAUCCUCCUGGUGACCUUUCCAGCCUAGGUCCCCUCAGCCACUCUGCCCCAAGAUGGGUCGUGGGGCAGGGCGUGAGUACUCGCCUGCUGCCACCACUGCGGAGAAUGGGGGAGGCAAGAAGAAACAGAAAGAGAAGGAGCUCGAUGAGCUGAAGAAGGAGGUUGCCAUGGAUGACCACAAGCUGUCCUUGGAUGAGCUGGGCCGAAAAUACCAAGUGGAUCUGUCUAAGGGCCUCACCAAUCAGCGAGCUCAGGACAUUCUGGCUAGAGAUGGACCCAACGCCCUCACUCCGCCCCCCACAACUCCUGAGUGGGUCAAGUUCUGUCGUCAGCUUUUUGGGGGCUUCUCUAUCCUGCUGUGGAUUGGGGCACUCCUCUGCUUCUUAGCCUAUGGCAUCCUGGCUGCCAUGGAGGACGAACCAUCCAACGAUAAUUUAUAUCUAGGUAUCGUGCUAGCGGCUGUAGUUAUUGUCACCGGCUGCUUCUCCUACUACCAGGAAGCCAAGAGCUCCAAGAUCAUGGACUCCUUCAAGAACAUGGUGCCUCAGCAAGCUCUGGUCAUCCGAGAGGGAGAAAAGAUGCAGAUCAAUGCAGAGGAGGUGGUAGUGGGAGACCUGGUGGAAGUGAAGGGUGGAGACCGUGUCCCUGCUGACCUCCGGAUCAUCUCUUCCCACGGUUGCAAGGUGGAUAACUCAUCCCUAACAGGGGAGUCAGAGCCCCAGACCCGUUCCCCUGAGUUCACCCAUGAGAACCCCUUGGAGACGCGCAAUAUCUGUUUCUUCUCUACCAACUGCGUGGAAGGCACUGCCAGGGGCAUUGUGAUUGCCACAGGUGACCGGACAGUGAUGGGCCGCAUAGCCACUCUUGCCUCUGGCCUAGAGGUGGGACAGACACCCAUAGCCAUGGAGAUCGAGCAUUUCAUCCAGCUGAUCACAGGGGUGGCUGUGUUCCUGGGGGUCUCCUUCUUCGUUCUGUCCCUCAUCCUGGGCUACAGCUGGCUGGAGGCAGUCAUCUUCCUCAUCGGCAUCAUCGUAGCCAAUGUGCCCGAAGGGCUUUUGGCCACCGUGACUGUGUGCCUGACGCUGACAGCCAAGCGCAUGGCUCGCAAGAACUGCCUGGUGAAGAACCUGGAGGCCGUGGAGACGCUGGGCUCCACAUCCACCAUCUGCUCAGACAAGACGGGCACCCUCACCCAGAACCGCAUGACAGUGGCUCACAUGUGGUUUGACAACCAGAUCCAUGAGGCUGACACCACAGAAGACCAGUCUGGGGCCACUUUUGACAAACGGUCCCCCACAUGGACAGCCCUGUCUCGGAUUGCUGGUCUCUGCAAUCGUGCUGUCUUCAAGGCUGGACAAGAGAACAUCUCCGUGUCUAAGCGGGACACAGCUGGGGAUGCUUCUGAGUCAGCUCUGCUCAAGUGCAUUGAGCUGUCCUGUGGCUCAGUGAGGAAGAUGAGGGACAGGAACCCUAAGGUGGCAGAAAUCCCCUUCAACUCCACCAACAAAUAUCAGCUCUCCAUCCACGAGAGGGAAGACAGUCCCCAGAGUCAUGUGCUGGUGAUGAAAGGCGCCCCAGAGCGCAUCCUGGACCGAUGCUCCACCAUCUUGGUACAGGGCAAGGAGAUCCCUCUUGACAAGGAGAUGCAAGAUGCCUUUCAAAACGCCUACAUGGAGCUGGGAGGACUUGGGGAACGAGUGCUGGGCUUCUGUCAGCUGAACCUGCCUUCUGGAAAGUUUCCUCGGGGCUUCAAAUUUGACACAGAUGAGCUGAACUUUCCCACAGAGAAGCUCUGUUUUGUGGGGCUCAUGUCUAUGAUUGAUCCCCCCAGAGCAGCCGUGCCGGAUGCCGUGGGCAAGUGCCGAAGCGCGGGCAUCAAGGUGAUCAUGGUGACCGGGGAUCACCCUAUCACAGCUAAGGCCAUUGCCAAAGGUGUGGGCAUUAUAUCAGAGGGUAAUGAGACUGUGGAAGACAUUGCAGCCAGGCUCAACAUUCCUGUGAGUCAAGUCAAUCCCAGAGAAGCCAAGGCGUGUGUAGUGCACGGCUCAGACCUGAAGGACAUGACGUCAGAGCAGCUGGAUGAGAUCCUCAGGGACCACACGGAGAUUGUCUUUGCCCGGACCUCCCCUCAGCAGAAGCUUAUCAUUGUGGAGGGGUGUCAGAGGCAGGGAGCCAUUGUGGCAGUGACUGGUGACGGGGUGAACGACUCCCCUGCGCUGAAGAAGGCUGACAUCGGCAUUGCCAUGGGCAUCUCCGGCUCCGAUGUCUCUAAGCAGGCGGCUGACAUGAUCCUUCUCGACGACAACUUUGCCUCCAUUGUGACAGGCGUGGAGGAGGGCCGCCUGAUCUUUGACAACUUGAAGAAGUCCAUCGCGUACACCCUGACCAGCAACAUCCCUGAGAUCACCCCCUUCCUGCUGUUCAUCAUUGCCAACAUCCCCCUUCCACUGGGCACUGUGACCAUCCUCUGCAUCGACCUGGGGACAGAUAUGGUUCCUGCGAUCUCAUUAGCAUACGAAGCAGCUGAGAGUGACAUCAUGAAGAGGCAGCCACGAAACUCCCAGACAGACAAGCUGGUGAACGAGAGGCUUAUCAGCAUGGCUUACGGACAGAUUGGCAUGAUCCAGGCUUUGGGUGGCUUCUUCACCUACUUUGUGAUACUGGCAGAGAAUGGGUUUCUACCAUCGCGGCUGCUAGGGAUCCGCCUGGACUGGGAUGAUCGGACUACCAACGACCUGGAAGACAGCUAUGGACAAGAGUGGACCUACGAGCAGCGGAAGGUGGUGGAGUUCACAUGCCACACGGCCUUCUUCGCCAGCAUCGUGGUUGUGCAGUGGGCUGACCUCAUCAUCUGCAAGACCCGUCGCAACUCAGUGUUCCAGCAGGGCAUGAAGAACAAGAUCCUGAUUUUUGGGCUGCUAGAAGAGACGGCUUUGGCUGCCUUUCUGUCUUACUGCCCGGGCAUGGGGGUUGCCCUCCGGAUGUACCCACUCAAGGUCACGUGGUGGUUCUGUGCCUUUCCCUACAGUCUCCUCAUCUUCAUCUAUGAUGAAGUUCGGAAGCUCAUCUUACGGCGGUAUCCCGGGGGCUGGGUGGAGAAGGAGACGUACUACUGAGCUCAGCGGCAAAGGAAGAACGAGGGGCAGGGGGAGAUGGGGUGCUCCGGAGGGGUUGCUGAGGGUUGUGGUGAAGGGAGGGACUGGGGAGUCAGAAGGAGGCACCUGAGGGAACUAAGAUGGUAGCCUUGGGUAAAUAAACUUGAGGAGACUGCUCCAGCUGCUCCACAG